GACUGAGAAUUGCGCAAACAGUUUCUCGGCCCUUCCCCGUCCUCUCCUCCCCCUCCCCAGGUCCUGAGCAAGUCUUGCGGCGUCUCCCUGGCAACCCGACCUAGGCGGCGGCAUGAGCCGCACAUUACCGCCGCCGCCGCCGCGGAACUCGCAAAGAGGUGAUCGUCAUGAUGAUAAGAAGAGGAGAUUACGCAGAGGGCACAUUGGACAUUCCAGCAACAGGUCGCAGCUGGAUGAAGAUCUGGAGAGCAUGUUCUCAUCGUUAACGAUUGACAACAUCCCAGCUGAAGCCAAUUCAGGAGAUUGUGGCAUGGAUAGGAAGAGGAAAUCAUACAAAGACCAAGCUGGAGUGGAAAACAUGAUAUCGUCACUCGCAAUCCAAGAGGCUGCAGUGACCAAUUCUGUUUACAGAGGACAGAGAAAAAAAUUCUCUGAUCUUAUACUCGACGACCGCAAGAUCCUUGCUAAGGGCAAUUCAGAUUGCAACGACCCCGGCUCGAGGAGUUUAAGAUCUAAGGAAUUCAUUGAAGGAAUAAAUGACUUGUUGCUGCGCCAUCAGGGAAGUGGUGUUCGAUAUUUUGCGGUCCAUUUUGAUCUGAACUCCACUCAUGCUGUCUACCUUGACAAAUGGGUACAGUUUGCCUCAAAGUCAGAUGCAAAAUAUGUGACACUUCACUUGUGUGAAAAUGGGAUUUCUUGUUCACGGCAUUCAGUGACUGCAAGUCGUUAUAACUUCCCUUUGCAUUGUUUUGGCGAUGGACGAGGAUCCUUACUGCGGAAGUUAAGCCUGACAAAUUGCAUAUUCAGUACACCGGUGCAUUCCAGUGGCUUUUCUUCUCUUGUACAACUUUCGCUAAGGCGCGUCACUACAGCUGAUUCUGACAUCCAAAACAUUUUCUCUUGCUUCCCUGUUCUCCGUGAUUUAAAAUUGCAAUGUUGUGAGGAUUUGGUUAAUAUAAGGAUUUCCCAUGAAACGUUGUUAGAGUUGCAUAUAUCUUGUUGCCAGAAAUUGAAGAGUAUCAAUAUCCAUUCCAUAAGCCUAGACAUAUUUGAGUAUGAUGGACAUCAGGUACAGAUCAAAUAUGAGAGUACUCCCAGUAUGAGGAGGAUAGCAAUUAAAUUCGUGGACAGAAAUUGUUCCCUUCCUGAUGAUUUACUUGCCAUGGAAAGACUCAAGAAAGUCACCUUGUGGUUUCUUUCACCGUCAGAGGAGCCUAGUUUUAUACUACAUGCGAAGACGUUCACUGUAUUGCAGUUGGUCAGCUUGUCUAUUUUGCCAUCUUGGAAUAAUGUUCUUGCGGUAGCUUAUCUCGUUAAAGCUACUCCUUCUGUUAAAAGGCUGCAUCUAGAAGCUUGCAGCGGAGAACACCAUUAUCUGGACAAUGUCCAAGUUGAUUGGCCUGAGCAUAUCUCUCUCAAGAAGCUCCGUACCAUUCUGGUAGGAGGUUUCGCUGCCCAAGCCCCGCUGGUCGAGCUUUUGGCGUAUCUGUCACGUGUCGCCACUCGCCUGAAGCUUCUCGAAAUCAGUCCACAUCACCAUCGUUACAAAGAUUCGGGUAGAUGUGUGAGUGAGGAUGUUGGCGUUGAGGCGGCAUGGGAUCAUGCGAGGAAUGCUGCAAGGGCGACCAUCGGCCUUAAGCUACAGUCGACCGUGAAGUUCGUCGUCAAAUGAUUCAGACUAGCAAGCCUGCCUGGUGUUGAAAUUUGGACGGCCGUCGUCAAAUGAAGUGUCUUGUCGUGUUGUUUUCAAUUGGGAGAUGCGGAUGAUGAUGUUUUGGUGUUCCUCUUUAGAUUUCGUUGGCCUGGCUCUUGAAUGUCACGUGCCAGGAAUGGUCGGGGUUUAUUUUGGGUGGAUGAUUUGGCUAGAUUGCAAACAUGGAACAUACCUAUUCUUGCAGUAAUAGGUCAAUAUAUUGUGUUACAGAUUGCCUGUUCUUGUGUCUACAGACACAAACUGGGUAAUAAUCGUGAAAUCCGAGGCAGGCAACGGCGCGUAUUGUCUGUGAGGGGUUCGAGCUUCUGCACUGACCAGCAUCCAUGUCAGGACUCAGGACCUGCAUAUCUGAACCUGAAGCUAUCUGAAUGAAUGAUGGCAACCCAGUCCAGGCGGCAGAUAUCUGAACCUGAAGCUUGAUCAGGAUGAACGAACCAAUGGCUUAGUCUUCAUUUCUAUGCUUCCCUUAUUGUACUAUCAUAAGCCGCUGCUUUUCGGUGAUGAAAAACAAAAACUAGAAAUCUCCCAGUGCA